AUGACUCAUAAGAUUAAUUGGUUGUAAAUGGUUCAUCAAUCGUCCUUAAUUGACUUUUAAUUUUUUUGGGGUAUUCUUUACAGUACUGAUGAGUUCUGCAACCCACACAUGACAAUAUUUUAAUAGGGGGUUUUGUAAACAUACGUCAAGUCUUUGUUUUGAAAGUUUUUGUUUUUAAAAACAUUUUUUUAUUUUUAGAUAUUUUAAGUUUGGUGUAGGGCUAAGGCAUGAGCUAGGGCUAAGGCUAAAGCUAAAGCUACGGCUAAGGAUAAGGCUAAGCUUAAGGCUACGGCUACGGCUAAGGCUAAGGAUAAGACUAAGGUUAAAACUACGGUUAAGGCUACGGCUAAGGCUAAGACUAAGGAUAAGACUAAGGCUAAGGCUAAGGCUAUGGCUAAGGUUAAGACUAAAGCUAAGGCUACGGCUAAGGCUAAGGCUAAGGCUAAGGCUACGGCUAAGGCUAAGACUAAGACUACGGCUAAGGCUAUGGCUAAGGCUAAAGAUAAGACUAAGGCUAAGACUAUGGUUAAGGCUACGGCUAAGGCUACGGCUAAGGUUAAGGCUAAAGCAAUUCGCCUAAGGCUAAUGCUAAUGUUACGAAAAUCUAUGCUUUUAAUGUUGCAGUACUUUUGCUACACUCAAGUUUGUGAACACAACUUUUUCAUUUAG